AUGAUGAGACGUUCAUGUUUUCUGUCUUGCUCUUUAAGUCUUCUAAAUGUUAUUUCUUCGGUGACAGCAACAGAAGAAAAAUCUAAAACGUUAAGUGCAGUUGUCCAAUUUCCAUCUGUUCCACCUUUGUCCUUACCAUUCGCACCUCCUCCAAAAUGGACAGCUGAACUUUCACGAAGGUUUGCUAAACAUUUUCCAGAACUUAGACGGCGACAUUAUAUUCUUUAUAUGCGGUCAUUUAUACAUCCCAGUUUUACUACACCUGAAGCAAUAAAUUCAACGAUGAAUGCAACUGUUUUAUUGGGGGAAUCUUUGCUUUUAUUAAUCGGUAGCGAAUUGAUUGUAAAUACCUUCAAAGAGUUGAAGCGUGAUGAGUUGCUUUCAUUAGUUGCAUUUAUUCUCUCUGAUGCCUCUCUUAGUUAUGUUUUGCGACAUUGUUGGGAGAUGGAAGAUAUGGUCUUGACCGAUGCUUCUUUGCAGUUGUUUCAAGGAAAAUCAUUGAGAUCCACAUCAGGUUUACUACAAUGGCUCUCAGCUAAUGGGAAACAGCAGGUUCCGGAUCCUUAUUGUGCAGCUGCUGUGAAAUCAACGAUAGGUGCUGUUUAUUUGGACGAGGGUCUAGAAGCAGCAAGGAAUUUUAUUCACAAGAACGUUUUACAAGUUUUGGAGUAA